AGUGCAUGCGCCUUAUAAGUGAAAAAUGUAAGACGUAAAAGGCAAAUACUAAUUGGCAGAAAACUACAUACAUACCGUGGAAAGAAAAACUACAGCUAUCGGCGACAGUUCUCAAAUAUUUUAAAUAUUAUCGGCCUAAACCGAGCUAAAAACUGAGUUGUGCUUAAAGAAAAUAUGUCGGGGCUCCACUGAGCCCAGCCAAGGUGGUGGCAGGCAGAGGAGUUGUGUCACGACGAUUUAUCAGCGCACUAAGUAAAUGUGAUAUGAGAAGUGCAAUGACGCCAGGUGCUCAUUAAAAUUAACAAGACACCCACAAAAAGAAGGCAAGAUAGCGCCACCCACAAGCGCUAAUUAAGCCAGCGCGCGCAAGGAACGACACGAAAUACAAAACUACAAAACCUCUGUAACUGUAAAAUUUUGGAUACUGGAAUACACGCUGAAAACCAACGAGCGAAGACGGUAGAUUAAGCGUGAAAAGGAGCAGUGCCAUUGAAAUGGCGCCGUUCAAACUCAAAUUCCGCAUGGGUAGCUCGCGCAGUACAUCGCAAGAACAUGAUCCGGAUCCGCAGGUGAAUGAGGCCCUACUCGGCGCACAGCAUCAGGAACAGCAGCAACAACAGCAGCAGAAGCAACUACAGCAGCAGGCGGGUGUGGCCAUGGGAGCCAGCAGCUCAACCAUUGAUUCCACAGAUUGCAACAGUCUCGGUUCGAUGGGCAACAAUGCGAGCGAACGGAAGCUGCUCCUACCAAACAAAACAGCAAUGAAUAGCAACAGUUUGCGUUUGGGAUACAUAAACCAGGGACGCACGCCGUGCAUCAACGAAUCGCCAACAGAUACCGACACGUUGCCCACAACACCGCCCCCAUCCUACGAACAUGUCCUAGAGGAGAAUACGCGCCUCUCGCAACACCAACGGCAAUUGUCCUCGGAUAGUGCCACUCCCAACCAGAAUAGUCGCCGCAGUUCCGCAAACAGUUCGCGGCAUAGCGUCAAUUUAAGUGUCGCCCUGGAGCAGCUCGCCUUAAAUGCCGGCGCGGGCAACAACGCUGCCUCGAACAUUUGCAACGAUCCGGACUGUCAACAGAACUACAACAGCUGCACCGCCGCCCCUGGUGCCGCAGGCGGUAAUCAGCACAACAACAAUAACGGCGAGGGGCAGAUCAUCGAAGGUGUUACCGAAGUGGAGGUUCCUAGCGAUAACGAAUACGACAUCGAUUGCAACGAACGAGUCACGGUCAGUGUAAACGAGUUCCUGUUGGAAACUGAAAUGGCGGCAUCUUCCAGAGAGGAGGACAAGCUCUAUGACGACUGUAGGAAUGAGCAGUGCACAGAUGCGGAGUGUGCUCAGUGCAGUGAGGAUGCUGGGGAGGGUGGGGAGGCGAGCACCAGCAGCGGUGUGCGUCCCAGCUUCUAUGAUCCGUUGCUAAAUCGGGACAGCUAUGACAACUACAACGAGGCAGGAAACUUAGGUGGCGGAUCGCCAAACAAUGGCCAGGCCUGCAACGAACCAUGUUGCACGUCUGCAUCCUCUUCGUCACGGUCACGCCGACGUCAGCAGCAGAAUUGUCACAGCAGCCUGCUCUCCCCGGAGCUAAUGAGCAACAAAACCUCGAAAGAGAUCUACAAGGAUCUGGCCAAGCAAUGGGGCAUUACAUGCAAAAUGUCUGAAAGCUGUCGCUGCAUGGACUGCCAAAGCCACUACUUCGAUUGUGACUUCGAUGAUAAUGAACAUCAGAAAACGGAUGGUGGACUGGGAGCUGGCACGCCCAUGUUUAUAAGCGAGGUUAUGCACGGAUCCGCCUGCAACAUAUUAUAAAGGAUAGCAGUUGUAUGUAUGUAUAGUAUGAUAUGUAAUAGCCUGUUGGAGAAAAAAGUUUGCUGAACAAAAAUAUAAUGUCUGUAUGUAGUUGCAAACUCAUUUACUACUAUAUUUAUGUAUUCAAGAAAAGCCAAAUGCGACAAGAACAAAAAAGUUAUAGACGAAAUCGAGAUAGGAGCAUACAUAUAGUAUUUGUGUAUGUGUUAUAUCUAAAUAUAUUAGUUACCUACAAAAUUGAGAUGUAAUUAGCACUGAAUUCAUAUUUGAGAUAACAUGCACUGCGUAGUCUUUAGCAAAGAAGUCAACAAUUAAUGAGAUGAAAAAUAUGUAUUUAGAAAUAAAUUUGUGCAGCCAUAAAAGGCUU